AUGGGCUCCGACGUGCGAGAUCUCAACGCCCUGCUCCCCUCCGUGUCCUCCCUGCCGGGCAACAGCAACUGCGCCAUGCCGGUGAGCAGCGCCGCGCAGUGGGCGCCGGUCCUGGACUUCCCCCCGGGGGCGUCCUACGGCUCGCUGGCCCCGCACUCCUUCAUCAAGCAGGAGCCCAGCUGGAACGCCUCGGACCCCCACGAGGAGCAGUGCCUGAGCGCCUUCACCGUCCACUUCUCCGGCCAGUUCACCGGCACCGCCGGCGCCUGCCGCUACGGCCCCUUCGGAGCCCCCCCGCCCACCCAGGCGCCCUCCAGCCAGGCUCGGAUGUUCCCCAACGGCCCCUAUCUGCCCAACUGCUUGGAGAGCCAGCAAGCCAUCCGCAACCAGGGUUACAGCACAGUGGCGUUUGAUGGGACUCCAAGUUACGGCCACACUCCCUCUCACCACGCAGCGCAGUUUACAAACCACUCCUUCAAACAUGAGGACCCCAUCAGUCAACAGACCUCGCUAGGAGAUCAACAGUACUCGGUACCUCCACCAGUGUACGGCUGUCACACCCCCACAGACAGCUGCACAGGCAGCCAGGCCCUGCUCCUGAGGACCCCAUAUAACAGUGACAAUUUAUACCAAAUGACCUCACAGUUUGAAUGCAUGACAUGGAAUCAAAUGAACUUGGGAUCUACGUUAAAGGGCCAUGCAACAGGAUAUGAGAGUGACAACCACACUGGUCCUAUGUUAUACAGCUGUGGGGCCCAAUAUAGAAUACACACCCAUGGAGUCUUUAGAGGAAUACAAGAUGUUCGGCGAGUGCCAGGAGUCGCUCCAACUAUUGUCCGAUCAGCUAGCGAGACGAAUGAAAAACGUCCCUUCAUGUGUGCGUACCCUGGCUGUAACAAACGAUACUUUAAGUUGUCCCAUUUACAGAUGCACAGCAGAAAGCACACCGGUGAGAAACCGUACCAAUGCGACUUUAAGGACUGUGAGCGAAGGUUCUCUCGUUCAGACCAACUCAAACGACACCAAAGACGACACACAGGUGUGAAACCCUUCCAGUGUAAAACCUGUCAGAGAAAGUUCUCCAGAUCUGAUCAUCUGAAGACUCAUACCAGGACUCAUACAGGUAAAACAAGUGAAAAACCAUUCAGCUGUCGAUGGCCCAGCUGUCAAAAAAAAUUUGCCAGAUCCGAUGAAUUAGUCCGUCAUCACAACAUGCACCAGAGGAACAUGACUAAACUUCAGUUGGCCCUUUAG